AGAAAGAGAAAGGCGUGCAAGAAGAGGAGAAAGAGGCCACCAAAGAAGACACCAUCAUAUAUUUGCUGAAAACAGCCAAGCUGAACAUCAUGAAAGGAGAGUUGGAUAAAGCGGAAAAGAUCCUGCACGAGGCCGCCAGGCUUUCGCAUGAGUCGGACAACCGGAAUGCGAUCAUCUACACGUACGAUCUGAUGGCAAACCUGGCUUUUAUUAGGGGGCAGAUGGAGCAGUCAGAAAAGCUUUUCAAAGCCACGAUGAGCUACCUGCUGACUGGAGACACAAAGGAAGACGACAAUGCCAUCAUUGAGAUAUCUCUGAAAUUAACCAGUAUCUACGCGGCACGGAACCAGCACGAUUUGGCGCUGACCGGUUACCAGUUCUGCCUGAUGACCCUGGAGGAGAAGGUUGCCAAGGAGAAGGACGUGCCGGCUGAUGUUUUGCCAGAGGCGGAAAAGGACAACACGCGCCUUUUGCUCGGCAUGACCCUGGACUCCUACGCCCGCUACCUGCUGGCCAACAACCAGGCCGCGGCGGCCCAGAAGAUGUACGAACGGGCGCUGCAGAUUGCGGUGGAGGUUCAAGGCGAGACCCACCCCCAGACGGUGGUCCUGAUGAACGAUUUGGCCACCGCCCUGGACUCUCAGGGCCUGUACGACGAGGCCCACGUGCGAGUGGCGAGGGCGUCGGAAUUGGCUCGCCAGACGGAGCACCCGGAGGCCCACAUCGUGCUGAAUAACUUAGCCGGGAUCCUUAUGCAUAAAGAGGAAUGUUCCCAGGCCGGACAAGUCUACAAAGCAGCUCUGAAACAGGCGGAGAAAGUCGGAGACAAGGCUUCUGCCCAAUACGUGCGGAAGGAGAUUGCAGAGCUGGUGAAGAGGCAGCGGAAGCGGGGGCAACCCCAGAAGGAGGAUGGCGCCGAAGCCGGCAAGGCCUGAGACCACGCUUGCCGGCUGCAGCUUCUGCACGGCACAGUUUCGAACUGCAAGGGUGUCCCCUUUGGGGCUGCGAAGGCCUGGAUCCGUCUAUAAGCAGAACCCACCUGUCGUCGCCCAAAGAGCCCCGUUAGAGGUUGGGACUGAAACCCGGGGCAUGGAUGCUGGGAAGGCCGGGGACUGGCUGUGCAACGUCGCCGGAGGGCAUCGGGAUUCUCGACAUGCGUUCAGGAACAGAGGAUCCUGCUGCUCAGAUCCUGGCACUCAAUAAACCCCAAGUUCAAACGUGGCGACCCAUUUUUCCUUGGGCCCGUGUGCCCAGAUUCCUUCUGAGGCUUGCUGAGCGAGAAAAGCUGUCUUGCUUGAGAGCGACGGAGGACGGAAGGAGAAAACGGAGAUUGCGUGUCCCUGGGAAUACUUCCGUUCCUUUGACACCCGGAUUGUGAAGCCUCCCCGGGGGGGGGGGAAUGUUACCUUCAACUGGGGAGGGCCAGGCAAGCUGGGAAACCUCCCCCAGUCCGACAACCUGGAAAAAGGGCUGCCGAUCCCUGGAAGUAAAGCUUAGCCAGAGAGAUGGGCUGUCCCUCUUGCCAGUAAAGGCAGUUCCUUGCACGCUUCUGUAAAUCAAACCUUUAUUCUCUGUACCACGUGGCUGUUCUGGCUAAGACCGUACCGUCCGGGGCUUUAAGCAGGAAAGGGGAUUCCUAGCUUUACGUAGAAACCUCAGCUCAGGUACAGGAAGAGCGAAGGCAGGGGAGAUAAAAGAUCCCUGCUGAAGAUUUCAGGUAUGGCAGGGAAGACAAACUCAGGAGUAUUUGGGGUAGGGUGGGGGAUUUCUUUCGGAGUCGAGGAAAAAUGAAGAACGGACACAGAGCCGACUGGUUCUGGGAAACAAUUUACUGAUGGCUGCCUGUCGAAGAGUAAAAUUUGGUUUCCAAAACA